UAAUGCACUUCCUGUUGACUCUGGGUUCUGGCCUGACCGGAAGCACCUUCAGCUCCUCUCUCCGUUUACGACAAAUUUCGUCUUUGUAACCUCAUCUUAAUCUUCUUUUAAUCGUUGCUGGAACUACCACAAUAUUAUCUUUGCGUGUCACGUCGUGAUAAAAUUGGUUGUCGUUUUGUUUCGUACAUUCAAUCGACCUGCUAAGCUUCGUCGUGAGCCACCUUUCACUCGAGGAAUCAAACUUGAAAAUCAUGGAUCAAAGUGGAGUGACAGCUCACACACAAAAGAGCCCAUGGGGUCCGGCGGUGCCAGCAGCCCCCUCCUGCUCACUAGCUGAUGUAAUGAGCGAGCAACUGGCCCGGCAGCUGGAUGAGGAGAACCAGACGUUCCCAAGCCUCAUUGAUCCAGCAGAUUUAUUGUUGUCCGAUGAUGCUCCGGACACGGAGAGUGACCUGAUGCUCGCUCAGAUGCUGCAGAUGCAGUUUGAUCGUGAGUUUGACGAUCAGCUGCGUCGCGAGGAGAGGAAGUUCAAUGGAGAAAGCAAAGUGUCCAUCUCCUUCGAGAACUACCGCAUGGUGCACCCGUACGAGGACAGCGAUAGCUCAGAGGACGAGGUGGACUGGCAGGACACCAGACACGACCCCUACAGGGCAGAGAAGCCUCAGACCACGCCCAGGAAAGGGUUCACUGGGAAAGGCAAGAACAUCACAACCAAACAUGACGAAGUGAUGUGCGGCCGCAAGAAUACUGCCCGCAUGGACAAUUUUGCCCCCGAGGUGCACGUGGGUGACGGUCUGGGCAUGGACCUCAAGCUGUCCAAUCAGGUGUUUAACUCGCUCAAGCAGCACUGUUACAACGAGCAGAAGCGCAGCGCCAGAGUGCACGAGAAGAAGGAACACUCCACUGCCGAGCAAGCGGUGGACCCCCGCACUCGUCUGCUCAUGUACAAGAUGGUGAAUGCCGGCGUGCUGGAGAACAUCAACGGCUGCAUCAGCACCGGAAAAGAGUCAGUGGUCUUCCAUGCAAAUGGAGGAAGCCUGGAUGAGCAGCCUGUCCCAGACGAGGUGGUCCUAAAGGUGUUUAAGACCACCCUGAACGAGUUCAAGAACCGCGACCGCUACAUCAAAGAUGACUACCGCUUCAUUGAUCGCUUCACCAAGCUGAACCCUCGAAAGAUCAUCAGGCUGUGGGCCGAGAAGGAGAUGCACAACUUGACCAGGAUGAAGAAGGCGGGGAUUCCUUGUCCAGACGUGGUCCUGUUGAAGAAACACAUCCUGGUCAUGUCGUUCAUUGGCAAAGAUCAUGUCCCUGCUCCUAAACUGAAGGAAGUCAUGUUAAGUUCUGACGACAUGAAGGACGCUUUCUACCAGGUCUUAAAUGUGAUGCAACAGCUGUAUCAGGAAUGUAAUCUGGUUCAUGCUGACCUCAGUGAAUACAACAUGCUGUGGCACCAAGGAAAGGUGUGGCUGAUCGACGUCAGUCAGUCUGUUGAGCCGAUGCAUCCUCAUGGCCUGGAGUUCCUCUUGAGAGACUGCAGGAAUGUUUCCACGUUCUUCCAGAAGAGAGGAGUGAGUGAGGCGAUGAAUGCCUUUGAGCUUUUCAACACUGUGACCGGACUGAACAUUCCGAUUACAGAGGAUGAGGCGGAGUUUGUUGCUGAGAUUGUGGCAUUGGAAAAGAGGAAUGAGGACCACGUCCAGCGGCGUGGAAAGAAGAUGUUCCCGGUGGCCUCAGAAGACCCCCCUUUAGAAGUAGACGCUGAUGACUAACGCUUACACAGGCUUGCUCUCUCUUCACCAUGUUGAAGAAGCCAUUAAGAUGGCACCGCCCACCAACUGCUUCCUUUGCUCAAGCAGGAACACAGCGCCUCCUGCUGGCCGCACUGUGUUGACGUCCUGCUUUUGAGGAAGCUUCUUAAUCUUUGAUUGGUUCCACUGUGAGGUCAUCAGAAUACACAACACAGUUUAACACUUGUUGGAAGAUUGGGGUGGUUUGCUCACAUUUGGGCCAGUGGAUCAUAAUUAUAACUUACAAUGUGGAGCAGGCGAGAGUAGAUUGUGUGAUUGUUGAUCAUCAGCAGCUUUGUUUUCAAGAAGGAAAAUGAUUCAGUGUUAGCAAUCGCUUGGGGAGAGAAUGUAUGCAAAGUGCACCUUCAAGCCUCUUGAAAUAAAAAUUCUAAACCCUAACAUCAGUACGUGAACAGCACACAACUGUGUAGUGCACUUUCACACAAUCAUGCAUUCUUGGUCUCCAGUUGCUCUUCACUGUUACUUAACUUCCUGUCUUGUUCUUCAAAAUAAAAAUGAUUGCGCCAAUGAUGGAUGUUGU